CGCCACACCGAGUGGACGGUACACGAUGCACGCGCGGUGAAAAAACAAUCGCAAUGCUGUUCGAGAGUCCCAACGCGAAAUUGUUCCCGGCCUUCAAUAUCCCGCCACCAGUGAGGCUCAGUGGAGCCCUGGGCGGAGUGGAAGUGCUGGACGGAGGGCUGGUCGGCGGCGAGCUGACGGCGCACGUGUUGAGCGCGCAGGCGGCAGCCGCUCAUGCAGCCGCCGCCGCCCACCAGCAGCAACAGAUGGCUGUACAACAGAUUAAUUAUCAUCCCACAGAGGCGUCCCCGUCGUCGGGGCGCUCCACCCCGGUGGCGGCACCUGCCAUCGCGGCCGCAUCGGGCACCACCUCGCCGUCUCCGAGCAAGCUGUUCGUGGGCGGGCUCAGUUGGCAGACCAGCUCGGAGAAGCUGAGGGAAUACUUCGCGAUGUUUGGUCCCGUCACGGAUGUGCUGAUCAUGAAGGAUCCUGUGACGCAGAGGUCGCGCGGCUUCGGCUUCAUCACAUUCCAGGAGGCCGCCUCCGUGGACAAGGUGCUGGCCGUGCCGGUCCACACGCUCGACGGGAAGCGCAUCGACCCCAAGCACGCCACCCCCAAGUCGGCCCCCCGCCCCGCCAAAACGAAGAAGAUCUUCGUGGGGGGCGUCGGCCAGGACACCUCCGCCGAGGAGGUCCGCGCCUACUUCUCGCAGUUCGGCCUCGUCGAGGACGCCGUGAUGCUGAUGGACCAGCAGACGAAGCGGCACAGGGGAUUCGGAUUCGUGACCUUCCACUCGGAGGAGGCCGUCGAGCGCGUAUGUGAUAUUCACUUCCAUACGAUUAAGAAUAAGAAGGUGGAGUGUAAGCGCGCGCAGCCCAAGGAGGCCGUGGCGGCGGCGCCGCUCGCGCUCGGCAAGAGGCUCGUGCUGCGGCCCGGGCGCGGGCUCGUGUACGCGGCGGGGGUCGGCGGGGGGGUCGGGGGGGUCGCGGGGGUGGGCGGCGUGGGGGGCGUGCCCGCGGUGGGGGCCCACGCGUACCGCUACGCGCCGUACGCGCUGCCGGCCGCCACCGCCGCCGCCGCGCUGGUGGCGCCCCCCACGCCGGCCCCCGCCCCCGCCCUGCCCCAGUUCGGGGCGGCGUACUCGCUCGCGGGGGUCGACAUGUCCUCCUUCCAGGGCGUCGACUGGGGCGCGAUGUACAGCCUGCCCAUGUACAUCUAAGCGCUGACGCGAUAUCGAAUGGAUAACCCCACCCGCCUACAGAGGUUAGGUUCAGCUAUGAUUUCGUACGAUGGUUCCUAUAUAAUUUUUUUCGUGUAGGGUCUUAUCUCGCCCGUUCGGCCACCGGAGGAUGCAGUAUUCUUAAGAUAAGUCGGCUCACUCGUUAGGUUAAGUCGAUUCGUAUGAGCAAUACGCGGCGCGCGAGCGUGUUUUUUGGAAAAUAAAUUUAAGAUGAUCUCAGAUUGUUUAGUUUGUGAGAUGGAAAGUGUUGGAUUUGUGUAGCAUAGUGCACGUAAAUGGCAAUAUAUUAACUUAUUUAUCUAAGAUCAUACGGCUCUGUAUUUUUUAUAUAGUAAGUGACAUUGCGGCAACGGACGGCCGGUGAUGCGCCAUACUCCCCCACUCAUUUGUGCCAUCAUUUCCCAUCGAAUCAGGAAUCGGCGUGCAUUUGCGACGAUAUAAACAAUGCUCUCUCGUCUUGCCAAUAAGGUCGCAUUUGCAAUGUCGAUUCCAUUUUGUGCCAAAUCAUCCUGCAUAUGUUUACUUGUAAAUUCAGUACUUGCGGAAGAGGAGGUAAUCGAUUCGCAACUUCGUACUUUCAAUAUGUAAUAUAUUAGUUUUGAAAUUUUGGAGAAUCAACUUUAAAUGUUUAAAUUUAGAGUCGAUAUUUCAUAAUUGUGUUUGGUUUGUUUAAUACCUUUUAUAUUU